AUGAUCACCGAAGCAGGCAUCAUCGGCAAGAUUGGUCUGAACUCCUGUGGUGUCGGAGUCUGUCUGAACGCGAUCCGCGCGUCCGGCAUGUCCACGGCGGGCAUUCCAAUCCACCUAGGUCUGCGCAUCGCUCUCGAACAGACGUCCGCACGGGCCGCGGUCCAGUUACUGCAGGCUCACGGGAUGGCUAGUUCAGCCCACCUCCUCAUCGCCGACUCGGAAGAUGCAACCGGCUUGGAGGUGACAGCUACCACCGUCUCAGGCCUCCACCCGGAUGACCGAGGACGGAUAUUGCACACAAACCAUCUGCUCGGUGUCCACCCGGGCGUCACGGAGACGCAAUGGCUACCAGAUUCCGAACACCGCCUCGAGCGCACCCGUGUCCUGACGGACGAGCUUCAUUCCAAUCUCGUCAGAGAUGCCUCCGCCGGCGCUGAUUGUCGAGAACCGACGUGGAGGGAGGUGGAGUCGAUUUUCGAGGACCAAGACAAUUGGCCCGCAGCGAUUUGUCGAUCCCCCGACCCCAGCCGGGGCAGUCACAGUGCCACUUUGUUCAACAUCAUCAUGGAUUUGAAGGCACGACGGGCCGUAGUGAGAGUGGGUAGACCGUGCCAAGAGGAUGAAAGGAUAGAGAUGAGCUUUCUGACCAACAACGAGUGA